UAGUGGUCAGUGGGAAGAAUGCUCCUUACAUUAGUGGUCAGUGUGGAAGAAUGCCCAUUACAUUGGUGGUCAGGGGGGAGAAUGCCCAUUACAUUGGUGGUCAGGGGGGAGAAUGCCCAUUACAUUGGUGGUCAGUGGGAAGAAUGCCCAUUACAUUGGUGGUCAGGGGGGAGAAUGCCCAUUACAUUGGUGGUCAUUGGGAAGAAUGUCCCUUACAGUGGUGGUUGGUGGGAAGAAUGUCUCUUACAUUGGUGGUCAGUUGGAAGAAUAUCCCUUACAGUGGUGAUCAGUGGGAAGAAUGUCCCUUACAGUGGUGGUCAGUGAGAAGAAUGCCCGUUAAAGUGGUGGUCAAGAAGAAUUUCCUUUAC